AUGGAAAAAACAUAUAAAUUCGCUUUCCUUAUUAAACGUUUCUCAUUUUCCUUUUUAUUAUGGAUGUUUUAUUCCUAUGAGACAAACUCUGGAAUACCAAGCAACAAAAAAAUCGACAUAAGGAAUGUAUAAGGUAUAAAAGUAAGCAGAUUAUUAUAUGGACAAACAUACAAAGAUUAUGAAUAUUCAGAAUUUAAUUUAAAUGAUAAGUUUCAGAACAACCAUAAAAACUCACUUAUUUCAUUAAAUUCUAACGAUAAUUUUGAUAGUUCCAAUGAUUCAUUAAACUCUGUUAAUUAUCUUGAAGGGGUAAAAGGAGAAUUAAAAGGAAAAUAUAUUCAAACGAAAAGUUAUAAGCCAGAAAGAAAAGACAAAUCAUCUGGGAUAUCUAAUUAUUUGAAGAAACUAGAUGCAAAAUAUGAAACAAUAUUGGGAAAACUAUUAGGCUUUGAAUAUAUAGAGAUAAAUAAAUUUACUGGUAAACCUGUAGAAAAUAAGAAAGAAUUAGCUCUUAAGGUUUUUACUCCAAUUUUAUUAUUCCCCAUUAUAAGUAUUAUUAUUAUGACCAAACUUCUUAAUCCUACAAUUGAUGCCCACAUGUGUAUAAUCAUUCUAGGAUCUAUAGCAUUCAUCUCAGUAUCAAUUUUUUAUUUUAUUUUUAAAUACUUUAAAAUUAUUAAUAAGGAUUUUAAAAAUUUCUCGAAUAGUUUAAUUGAGGAUCUAGCUUUCCAUUUCAAUAAUAAAUUAAAGCAAAAUUGA